AUGAGUUCGAACUACGCCACCGAAUUCGUGAAAUCUCGAAUCCUGCCUGAGAAUCUGAGCCAGGCUAUCAUCAACUUGGAUGAGUUCGGCUCCGCGAAUUACGUCGGUCUAGCGCCACAGGCCCGAGAGGCGAAAAAAAAGAAGGCAAAAUCGAGGAAAAAACCACGGCUUUUGCCCCAAUUUCGUGGACAAACAGCAAAACAGUUGAAGCAAAUUUUGAGGCGGGAGCAAAGCGCGGACUUGCGGCGUGAAAUGAGUUGUCCUGGUGAUCUGCCGCAACGGUUGAAUAAGUUGUGGAACAGCUAUGCAAAUUCUCUUAUUGACUGGAAAGGAGUUGCUAAUGGUGCCAAAGUUACAAGUAGGCUGGAGACCGUGCUCCGGAUGGAUUUGAUUGGUGCACGAAUGCGGGUUCUUCGAUCAAUUUCUACGAAACAGGUAAGCUGGUUAAAUAUUUUUCGAGACGUUAUUGCAUUCCUUUUGAGCAUUAUUUUUCUCGGUGUCAAAUAUCUUACUGCCUUUUUAACUUACCGACAAACAAUGGCACAAAUAGGUUUUAAUAUUCCUUUUAUAACUGAACUUGGCGAUGGAUGGCGGACUGAAAGAGCUCCACCACCUCGUCCUCCACCGCGCCAGGAACCGAUCGUGCGCACUUAUCAGAAGCAUCUGGCAGCAUCAAUUAGACGUCAGAUUCGGCAAAAGGAGUCCACGUCUGUCAUUUUCCAACAUAGAUUUAUUGCGUCAAAGUCGUUGGAACACAGUAGGAAGUGGUUCCAACGCGAAGUCGAGGCGCAGCUGCAACGCGGUGGACUCUUCGAAGAUCCUUUUAUGCCUCCUGUUGAUUCCACAAUUUGGCCGGAUCGUAGCAGCUCAUCAUCGAAAUAUCGUUGGCGCAGACCAAGAGAAUUAGUAGCCGAUCCCCAAUUCAUCGCUGAUGGUCUCAGCCGUUUCGACAUUAGACAGGGAGAAUUGGGCGACUGUUGGCUUAUCGCAGCGUUGGCCUGUCUCUCUAUGCACCAAAAACUUCUCAGUGAAGUGGUUCCAUCUGGUCAGUCCUUUGUACCGACGAGAGAUGGGAGUCCUCUGAACGCUAAUGGAGGUUUCGCUUAUGUCGGCAUGUUCUGGUUCCGUUUCUGGUACUUUGGCUAUUGGGUCGACGUGGUUGUUGACGACCGAUUGCCCACCGAUGGGAGCCGUCUCUGCUUCAUGCACUCUACUGAUCGACGAGAGUUUUGGUCUGCCCUAUUGGAAAAGGCCUAUGCUAAACUUAUUGGGAGCUACGAUGCUCUUCGCGGUGGCACUACUUCCGAAGGUAUGGAAGAUUUUACUGGCGGAAUGUGUGAAAUGAUCGAGUUGGGCGACAAGGCACCAGAAAACCUCUUCAGCAUUAUGUCUCGAGCUCAUUCUCGUUGCUCUCUCCUUGCAUGCUCAAUUGAUGCAAGUCCUGAAGAAUUGGAGGCCGACGGACCCUAUGGACUCAUCAAAGGACAUGCCUACUCAAUCACCGAUGUUCGAACGAUUCAUGAAAAAAAUGGUGAACAAAAGGAGAUGGUUCGGUUAAGAAAUCCUUGGGGAAAUGAACGUGAGUGGGUGGGACCGUGGAGCGAUAAAUCGAAAGAGUGGUCUCGCAUUGCACCAGAGGAGCGAAUGCAAAUUGGUCUGACUUUUGACAAUGACGGUGAAUUUUGGUAA